AAUUGGAAGAGUCUACAUCCAAGAUGGCUGCGCCCAUAAGGAAAGCUGGGCAUUUAGGGACGUUGUUAAAACAUGUGGUUUCUUUAUCAAGAUCAAGGCAUUUAUCUUUUUGUUUAAGCAGACCCCUUACAACCCAAAUAGACAAGAACAAAAGCAGUGUCAGUUUGGACCUCGAUGUUCCUGACAAUGCUAAUAGACCUUUUGAUUCGUACUCAGAUUAUUUAGAUACUGGAAGACCGUUCACAGACAAUGUUUCUGAGCACGAAACUACCAUUCAGGAGGAGACCAAGAAAUCUGAAAGUUUUGCCUCAUUGUUUAGAAAUUCGCGUCUUGUCCAGUUAGGAGACCUGCACAGAAAGAUUCUUGCUGGCAGGAUAUUCCAGGUCAUCAACGAUGACCUCUACAUCGACUUUGGAGGAAAGUUCAUGUGUGUCUGCAAUCGACCUGCCUACCAACCAGAGAAGUACACAAAGGGUGUCCGUGUACGUCUGUUCCUGAACUCGUUCGAGAUGGCUUCCUCGUUUAUGGGGAGUAAGAAAGCUGUUACGCUGCUUGAGGCCGACUGUGUUCUAUUGGGGAUAUUCUCACCUGACUCACGUGAAGAGCGCAGACAGAAAAGUGAAGGCAUAGAUCAAUCAAGCCCCCAGACAGAAAAGCUUGAAGGUCUUCGUAGAAGCUAUGUCCAGCGUCCAGAAGCAACUAGCAGGGGAGAUGUCAUAGGUUUUAAACCUGCUGAUCUCUUUGAUGAUGAACAGUAUGAAGAAAACGAAGAUGACUUCAGCGAAUUUCUUAAAGCGUCCAAAGAACUUGAAAAUAUUGGAGAAGAAGAAAUAAUGGAAACAGACAUUAAGCCUAAUGUGAGCCCUUUAAAGUUUGAUGACAUAUUUGGAAAUGAAACAGAUAUUGUUGACAUGCAGACUGUUCAUGGUAAAGAACAUGAUGUGGAAGAAUUUCAUGGUCAGCCAACAGAUGUGGAAACAUUUCAUGAACAGUCAGAUGAACUGGUAGCAGUGAAGAAGGAGACAACAGAUGUGGAAAAAGUUGUUGAGGUUCCGAAAGCAGUUAUAAAGAAGGAAGAAAGUCAUGCAGAUGUUAUUGAGAAAAAGGCUGAAACAACUGAUAUUGAUAAGGUACAGAAAGUUAUUAAGGAUGUAGCAAAAGUUCAGAAAGAUCAGGAAGAAAUUGAUGAUUCUAAAGAUAAAAAUAUGGGUGAUCCUAAUAAGAAUAAAAAAUGAGAACACUUUUAUUUAAUGUUGUGAAGUAGUACCAUUUCAAUUAGAUGUAUUUGUGUUGAACAUGUCAUAAUGUAGCUUUGUGCUAUAUUUAUCUGUUUUGAAAAUGUUCAUGUAAUGGUCAUUGUUUUGGUUGUAUACAAAUAAAAUGUUGCA